UGGCAUUUUGUCAAGUGAGGGAAAAGAGGAACUGAUGGAAAAGUUGUUGACCAGUAGUCAAGUUUCAGAGAAUGAUACUGGACUUCUCAGAGCAAAGUGUCUGAGUGAGUAUCAAGACAAAGAAUUCGCUAAAACGUUUAUCUGGAAUCAUCCGCAAGCGUUCAGUAGUUCAGACGGCUACAUGUAUUUUAAUGAUUUAUCAGAUACAGACAGCAUUGCAUUAUCAUUUGUAUUGGACAUUAUCAGUGAACUAAAUAAAGAGGAAGCUGGAGAGACACAACACAAAUGUUCUGAUAAGUUCGUCUCAGUUAGGGAGUUGAGGCUUAUAGAAUCCCACCUAACAAUGUCUGGAAUGCAACGAGUCUGUAAUUCACUGAUCAAUGAACACUCUCUUGUGUCUGAAUUGACUAUAGGAGGAACAUUGAUGAUAGAAGGAUCAGUCACUGAUACCGGUGUUGCCAGUCUAUGUGAAGCUUUACAGCAUGCAAGCUGUAAGCUAACCACACUAAAUCUGUGGGAAAAUAUCACUGAUACCGGUGUUGCCAGUCUAUGUGAAGCUUUACAGCAUCCAAGCUGUAAGCUAACCACACUAAAUCUGUUGAGUGAUAAGAUCACUGAUACCGGUGCUACCAGUCUAUCUGAAGCUUUACAGCAUUCAAGCUGUAAGCUAACCACACUAAGUCUGAAGCAUAAUAAGAUCACUGAUACCGGUGUUGCCAGUCUAUGUGAAGGUUUACAGCAUUCAAGCUGUAAUCUAACCACACUAGAUCUGAGUUAUAAUAAGAUCACUGAUACCGGUGUUUCCAGUCUAUGUGAAGCUUUACAGCAUCCAAGCUGUAAGCUGACCACACUAAAUCAGUGUGGUACUGAGAUCACUGAUACCGGUGUUGCCAGUCUAUCUAAAUCUUAA